GGCCGGCUCCCGGCCGCGACGGCGCACUCGGGGCAGGAGCGGCGUGAGAUCCCGCGCGCCUUGGACCCCGGGGUGCGGCGCGCGUUUUGCGGGCGGCCCCUCCGCGCUGCCUGUCGCGGUGUCCGCGCCGCUGCCGCACGCGGCAGGCCCGAGGCCGUGUCCGGGUGACGGUCCGGGACGCGCGUCGACGCCGCGAGCCCCGGCUGUUCUUCAGCCGCCGAGCUGCGGGCCUGGGUCGGGGCGUUCCCCGAGGUCGGGGCCGGAGCGCUCUCGGGCACCGCCGGGCCGCUCUGCACGCGCGCUCGGCCCCCGCAGGCCCCGCGGCCGCCCUGUGACCCGCCCGACGGUGCGCGGCUCGGACGCUGUGGGGCGGACGCCACCCGGGACGGGCCGGCGCUGACCCGUUCCUGCCGGCGGCGUGACGCGGCGGUGGCGCGCGGGAGCCCCUGGGGCGGCUUCGACGUCGCGGGAGCCGUCGCCGUGCGGGCCUCUGCGGAGUGCGGCGCCGUGCCCGGCGGGGCCCGCGGGGUCGUCCCCGCGCGUCGCACGGUCCGCGUGAGCCACGCGCGGGCUGCGGGCCGAGGCUGCUGGGCGAGGGCGGCCGGGCGGUCGGCGGUGCCCGAGCGCCGGAGGCUCGCCUGCAGCGGCGCGUGCGGGGCCGCAGGGACAGCGGCGAGGGCGAGCGCGCGCUCACGCCCCAGACCAGGACGGCCCCGCUCUCCGGCCUCGGGAAGGAGGACCGACCUUUCCUCGGCCCGGGCCCAAGCCCCGGACAAGGGGCUCCGGGCCGCUGGCCGCUUGCCCCGCCGCGGACGGCGCCCGUCAGUGCCCGCCCGAGAGCCGGGCAGCCUGCGUCGGCCGCGGGGGCCGGCCUCGCCCGGCAGCCCGCCCCGGACCGCUCCUUGUGCGUGCCCCAGGCCCCGCGUGCCCGGCCGCUCAGGUCGCGGUCCCCAGAGCGCGGCCCGGCCCGUGCCCCGUUGUGGUCUGCAAGCCGCGGAUGCAGCCCCUUGCUGCGGAGCAGGAGGGUGAUGGUCGUGACCUUGGACGCUUCUGUGUAACCGCCCCCUGGGCAGGAAGAACCCAGAGCGCAGAGAGGGUCAUGGGGCUGCGGGGAGGUCAGGAAAGCGAGCCGGGUCGAGUGGAGCGGAAGGCGGCCCGCAGUAGUUUUCACCGAGGCUUCCUCGGCGGGAGAAGCCAGUGUGAGCUGGAGGGUGACCUUGGGAACGCCCUCAGGAGGGUCUUGGCAGCUCCGCGGUUAGGAAAAAAUUCAAAAAUGUUUCAAAUUCCUGUGGAAAAUCUUGACAACAUCAGGAAGGUACGAAAAAAGGUGAAAGGCAUUCUUGUGGAUAUUGGGCUUGACAGCUGCAAGGAGUUGCUGAAGGACCUUAAAGGCUUUGAUCCAGGAGAGAAGUACUUUUUUAACACAUCAUGGGGAGAUAUUUCUCUUUGGGAACCUUCUGGAAAGAAAGUGAGAUACCGCACGAAGCCGUACUGCUGCAGCCUCUGUAAAUACUCCACGAAAGUGCUUGCCUCGUUCAAGACCCACUUACAUCGGUGCCACGAGGAUGACAUCGACCAGGAGCUGGUGAUCCCCUGCCCGAACUGCGUAUUCUCUUCUCAACCCAAAACCGUGGGACGGCACUUCAGAAUGUUCCAUGCACCUGUUCGGAAAGUCCAGAACUACACAGUGAACAUUUUAGGGGAAACGAAAUCUUCGAGGAGUGAUGUGAUAAGUUUUACAUGUUUAAAAUGUAACUUUUCGAACACCUUGUACUACAGCAUGAAGAAGCACGUGCUGGUGGCUCACUUCCACUACUUAAUUAGCUCCUACUUCGGCCUGCGGACCGAGGAAACGGGCGAUCAGCCGAAAGCUGAGGACAGCCUUGCUGCCGAGAAGGUGCCCCCGUCCGACAAGUAUUAUUGUAAAAAGUGCUGCGCCAAGGCCAGCAGCCAGGACGCUUUGAUGUAUCAUAUCUUGACAGCGGACACACACAGGGAUUUGGAGAAUAAGCUUAGAUCUGUGAUUUCCGAGCAUAUUAAGAAGCCUGGACUUCUGAAGCAAAUGCACAUCGCUCCCAAACCAGUGGCCCCUUUGGCUGUGCCACCAAACGGCAGCGCUCCGGGCCUUGCGGCCUCAUCCCCUUGUUUCCGCCUCUCCGUGCCUCGGAGCAGCCAGAGCCAGCCCGUGGUCCAGCCCGUGGUCCAGCCCGUGCCGGGCCCGGUCCCGCCAGGGACGGUGGCCGUGGGCACUUCGGCGAGCCUCCCCCAUUCUCCGCCUGCCGCGGCUCAGUCCCACGUGACUCUGGUGUCCAGUCCCCUGCCUCCCUCCGCCCCGCGGCCCGUCUUUCUUUCUCGUGGAGUCCCGCUCACUCAGUCAGCAAACCCUCCUGUGUUGCCCUUGAGUCCGCCAGUGGGGCCUGUCAAUAAGCGUGUUGGAGCUGGCGUCCUCCCGGUAAGCCAGACCAUCCGCCCCGGGGCUUUACCCCUGAGCCCGCCUGUUGGGCCUGGAGUUCUUUCCGUCAGCAGGCCUGCCGGGCCCGGCGUCCUUCCUGUCAGUCCGUCUGUCACCCCCGGCGUUCUUCAGGCAGUGUCACCAGGAGUGAUUUCCGUGAGCCGGACGGUCCCAUCGGGGGUCCUUCCUGCAGGCCAGAUGACCCCUGCUGGAGUGAUCCCUUCGGGACAGACGGCCACUUCUGGGGUUCUUCCAGCUGGCCAGGUGGUCCAGUCAGGGGUUCUUCCCAUUGGCCAGACGGCCCCCUCAGGGGUUCUCCCCACUGGGCUGACCGUCCCGUCACGGGUUCUCCCUCCCGGCCAGACGGUCCCGCUGAGGGUGCUGCCUGCAGGCCAGGUGGUCCCUCCUGGGCUCCUUUCUCCCAGCCAGACAGUCUCGUCAGGUGUUUUGCCUGUGAGCCCGGGUGUCAAUUCUGGGGUUCUUCAGCUUAGUCAGCCGGUCGUGUCGGGUGUGCUCCCUGUGGCCCAGCCGGUGAGACCUGGGGUCCUCCAGCUUAACCAGUCUGUGAGCACCAGCAUUCUGCCUGCAAACCAGCCCGUGAGACCGGGUGCUUCUCAGAACACCACGUUCCUCACGUCGGGCUCUAUCCUCAGACAGCUCAUUCCUACAGGGAAACAGGUGAAUGGGAUUCCCACGUACACGCUUGCCCCCGUGUCUGUCACUUUGCCUGUGCCUCCGGGAGGCGUUGCCACUGUCCCCCCGCCCCAGGUGCCCCUCCAGCUCCUGCAGUCGGGCACGGCUGCCCAGAUGGCCAGCUCCAUGGCCAGCAUGCCGUCUCCUCCGGUGGUGGUCAGCGCCACCCAGAGUAUGUUCGUUCAGGCCUCUCCGUCGGCGGCAGAAGCGAGCCAGGCGCUCAAACAGGCGAAGCAGUGGAAAACCUGUCCGGUUUGCAACGAGCUCUUCCCCUCCAACGUCUACCAGGUUCACAUGGAGGUGGCCCACAAGCACAGCGAGUCCAAGGCUGUGGAGAAACUGGAGCCUGAAAAGCUGGCCGCGUGUGCCCCGUUUUUAAAGUGGAUGAGAGAGAGGGCGGUCCGGUGUCUCUCUUGUAAGUGCUUGGUGUCCGAGGAAGAGCUCAUCCAUCACUUGCUAAUGCAUGGCCUGGGCUGCUUGUUCUGUCCCUGCACUUUCCAUGACAUCAAAGGCCUUUCUGAGCACAGUCGGACUGUGCACCGAGGGAAGAAGAAGCUACCUGUGGAUUACAGCAACCGAGGUUUCCAGUUGGAUCUCGACGCUAAUGGCAACCUGAUGUUCCCCCAUCUUGAUUUCAUUACCAUAUUGCCGAAGGAAGAGCUUGGGGAGCGGGAAGUCUACUUGGCCGUGCUGGCGGGGAUACACUCCAAGUCCCUUGUGCCCGUGUAUAUAAAAGUGAGGCCCCAGACGGAGGCCGCCGCCGGGAGCCCCGGCAAACAGGCGCUGACUUGUCCCUUUUGCUUUGGCACCUUGGUGACGACCGAGGCGUAUGAAUUGCACUUGAAGGAGAGGCACCACAUCACACCAACGGUCCACACCAUCCUGAAGUCUCCGGCGUUCAAGUGCAUCCACUGCUGUGGGGUCUACACCGGCAACAUGACCCUGGCCGCCAUCGCCAUCCACCUGCUGCGCUGCCGGAGCGCCCCGAAGGACAGCAGCUCGGACCUGCAGGUCCAGCCCAGCUUCAUCGAGAACAGCCAAGUGCUCUUAGUCAACGGCGAGGUGGUCCACGACUCCAGUUUCUCCGUGAAGAGAAAGCUGCCCGACGGCCACUCUGGGGCGGAAGAGCAGAGGGGGGCGGAGGAGCGACCUCCCGUCGUCAGCACCGACGCGGCCCCGGCCCCCGAGAAGGUGGCGAGUGCGGUGCCUUUGAAAAGACAAAGGAGUGAGGUGAGGACAGAGGGGCCGCUCGUUAGCGAAGACGCGCUCCAGAUUUUAGCUUUAAACCCCAAGAAAUACGAAGACCGUUCCUAUGAAGAAAAAAAGCAGUUUCUUAGAGACUAUUUCCACAAGAGACCAUAUCCUAGUAAAAAGGAAAUCGAACUUCUUUCUUCACUCUUGUGGGUGUGGAAAAUCGACGUGGCUUCGUUUUUUGGAAAAAGAAGAUACAUUUGCAUGAAAGCAAUAAAAAGUCACAAGCCUUCUGUACUUUUAGGCUUUGAUAUGUCUGAACUUAAAAAUGUUAAACACAGGUUGAACUUUGAGUAUGAGCCACAAAACCUGUAAAAAAACAAAUUAGGCAAUCUAAAGUACUAGAUAAUUAGUGGUUUUUCUCAAUCGAGAUUUAAAAUGUUAUUUUCUUCACUGUAUGUCAAAUUAAUCAACUUCAGUGGUCUUUAUGCUGCUCCGUAGAUUUAUUUCAGGUGCUCGGAAAGACUUCUGCGUAAGAGAAGCCAAUAGUUCUUUCAGAUUUGUUGUUUCCUGCAGUUGGAUUUUGUAACAAGUAUUUUUAGUUCUUCCCCGUCAUGUAAAUUAAAUCCUUGGAUCUUU